CUAUAAAUAUGGAUUUCUUGGGUUAUAAACCCAUUCUUUCUUGCUUUCGUACAAAGAAAAAACAACAUAGUCCACCGAAACUAUUAGAAGAAUGGUUGCUGGGAAAGUCUCUUUCAUCCCCAUUGUCCUCUUCAUUGGGUUCCUUUUCGUUGCCCUGCACGUCGAUAUCGUGGAAGGUGAAGCAGGAAGACUUAUUCAUCAUGCGGCGGAAGGUGAAGCAGAAAGGCUUAUUUAUCAGGGACCAUGUUCGCAUUUCCCGGACUGCAACAAAACUUGCCUUGGCGAAAAAUUCCCAGAGGGUGGGAAAUGCAUUGUACCGGCUCCCGGGAAACCCCUUGUUUGCUGCUGUAUUGGCUGAUUGGAACUUUUCAUCACCCCUUGUAAUGAAAAAUUUCUCUUCCCUAUGCGAGCUUAUUUGUAACCAUGCAUGCACCUUUCAUUUAAACAUGGCCGGACUCAAUAAAAUUCCUCAAGGUUGAAUGUUAUAAAA